AUGGACCGUUCGGACAAUCAUCGCGACAUCAACGCUGUGAGCAGUCGUCUGGCUGCCCAGACCGAUCAUCUUCAAGGCCAUUUGCAGCAGCAACUCAAUCUCAACGGCGCUGGUCAGGCUCGCAACAUGUUUGCUUCCAGGCCCGCCGGUCUCGCAAGCCUGGGUGAGGACGCUGAAGCCGCACCUGAUUCCACACCUUCGCAAACCACCUACAACCGUCAAGCUGCGCCUCGAUUUGCCGGCAACGCAGCCUUUCAGAGCGCCGUAGCUCGUCACUCCAACCAGUCGGCCAACUCUGCUGCCUCGUCGUCGGCUGCCGAUUUCCGUGCCAACUUGUCUCACCAGCGUCAGCUCAGUCUUCAAAGUCGAUUCGCCGAUCUCGGGUACAACAUUGGCUCGGGACUCGGUCCAGCGCCUAGCGAAGCAGAUGACAUGACCGACGAUGGCGCGAGCUCGGUCGGAUACGGUGCUUCGGCCUUCGAUCCCACUCGAGGCCAGCGUGGUCACGCUUCCGACUUCAGCUUCGGCUCAUCGGCCACAGCUGGCUCUCAUCGACGCACUGGCAGCGACAUGAGCGGCAUGCUCUCGAAUCGAGGCGGACACCAACCUGCAGCCAGCGUAGGUGGCAACUCCAACUCGCUCUCCGCCCAGAGCCAGAUGCUCGCAGAGCAGCAGAUCGCCUUGCAGCAGCAGAUCGAGAUGCUCCAGCUCCAGCAGCAGCAGCUCAUGCAGACGGCGGGCCUGGGACAGCAGGGCCAUGCUGCUUCGGGCGCCAACCCGCUCAGCGGCAGCGCGCACAGCUUUGGCGGUCAUCGUCGUAUCCAGAGUCACGCUCCCCGCUCAGGGCCCAUGGGCAGCUUCUCCACGGGCACCGGCUUUACCGGCGGCGCUCUCGCCAACUUUGCCCCUAGCCACCCCGCCUCUCAGGCUUCUAAUCUGCCUCGAGGUCAUGGUCGUCGCCACUCGGUCAAUGUUCUCAACAAGGCCAAUCAGCAGCAACCUAGGGCUGAAAAUCAGCGCAGCUCUCCCAACGCCGAGGCCAUGCAGUCCAACGGCCCUGUCAUGCAUGCCAACCCCGACUUCUCCUUUCCAAGCACCGCAAGCGCCCAGCGCUCCGCACAGGCUGCCUACCAAGCUUCGCAGCCUGCCGUCGGUCACUACAGCCGUCCCUCGGUUCAGCUCACCGAUCUUUCGCCCGACUACCUCAUGGCCGGAGGCGGCCUCGUCAGUCUCAAUGCGUUCAGCAUGGGCAGCUCCAUGAACGACCUCGCUGAUGGCUUUGGCGGAGCAGGCGCCGGUGGUCCUCGCGCUGGUCACACCCGCGGCAACAGCACGCAGUGGCGCAUGAACGGUGCUCAGGCGCCCCAGCUUGUCGACCUUGCUCAAGCUCAGGCUCACCUCGCCAUGCUCCAUCAGUUCCGUGAAUCCGCUGCCGUCACUGGCCACUAUCGCGCACCGUCCAUGACCGGCGCCUUCGGUGCUAUGGGUGGUGGCUUUGGUGCCAACCAAUUUGGCGGUGGCAUGAUGGGCGCCGGCAACGGCCCAGGUGCUGUUCAGCGCAAGGCUCUCUUCGGCAACUACCUUCCUCAGGGUACCUUGCCCACCUUGCUCGCCCACGGCAAGAUCGUCGUGGGCGUGCUACGCAUCAACAAGCGCAACCGCAGUGAUGCCUACGUCACCACCGAGGUUCUCGACAGCGACAUCUUCAUUAGCGGCUCCAAGGAUCGCAACCGUGCGCUGGAAGGCGAUCUCGUCGCCGUCGAGCUUCUCGACCCUCUCGAGGUCUGGAACGUCAAAAAGGAGAAGGAGGACAAGAAGAAGCGCAAGGAAGAGCAGAACGGCCAGAUCUCGCGCAAACCCGACAAGGCCAAGGACGACCUCGAGGUCGAGGGCGCCCAGCUCCGACUCAUCGAGGACGAAGAGGAGAACGAGCAGAGUCCUCCUCAGCUGGCGGGCCACGUGGUCGCCAUCGUCGAGCGAUCGCCCGGUCAGCUCUUUUCGGGUACUCUGGGCCUGCUCCGACCCUCGUCGGCUGCUACGAAGGAGAAGCAGCAAGCCGAGAGGGUGCAGCGCGAAGGUGCCAGCGCCCUUGCUCCCGAAGUCAAGCCUCGUCCCAAGAUCAUCUGGUUCCGUCCCACGGACAAGCGUGUCCCUCUUAUUGCCAUCCCAGCCGACCAAGCGCCCGAAGACUUCUGGGCAGAGGAAGGUCAGGAGAGCUUCAACAGUCGCCUCUUCGUCGCCUGCAUCAAGCGUUGGCCCAUCACCUCCCUCCAUCCCUUUGGUGCUCUCGUCGAAGAGAUUGGCGUUAUCGGCAACGUCGAAGCCGAGACCCAGGCUUUGCUCAAGGACACGCUCAGCUCGGCUACCGAGGCAUUCACCGAGGGCGCGCUCAAGUGUCUGCCGCCUCUCCCUUGGAAGAUCCCCGAGCAAGAGUACGAGACGCGCAAGGAUUUCCGCUCUCAUCGUGUCUUCACUAUCGACCCCGAGACGGCCAAGGAUCUGGACGAUGCUGUUCAUGUCGUCCGCCUCGACGACGGCAAUUAUGAGGUCGGUGUUCACAUCGCCGACGUCUCGCACUUUGUAAAGCUCGGCUCGAGUCUCGACCGCGAGGCUCGCAAGCGCGGCACUUCGGUCUACCUGGUGCAGCGCGCCAUCCCCAUGUUGCCUCCUACGCUCAGCGAAGAGCUCUGUUCGCUCGUGCCCGAUGUGGAGAGGCUCACCUUCUCGGCCGUCUUCACCAUGAACAAGGAUGCGCAGGUGGUGAACAGCUGGUUCGGCAAGUCGAUCAUCAACUCGUGCGCCAAGCUCGCCUACGCGGACGCACAAAAGGUGAUCGAAGGCGGCGAGCUGCCCAAGGACAAGAUCAAGGCUCACCAGCCCAAGGAGAUCGCCGACGACAUUCUCAUCCUGCACCAGCUGGCCCAGAAGAUGCGUGCUCGCCGCUUCGACACCGGCGCUCUGCGCAUCGACAAUGUCAAGCUCAGCUUCAAGCUCGACGAGAACGGUCUGCCCACCGAUGCCAGCAUCUACUCCUCGUACGACGCUCACCGUCUCAUCGAAGAGUUCAUGCUUCAGGCUAACAUGGCCGUCGCACAGCAGAUCGCCGCCGGUCUGCCGGAACUUGCGCUUCUCCGGAAGCACGACAAGCCGCUCGACCGACGACUCGAGGGUUUCCUGCGUCGAGCCAAGUCGAUGGGCUACGAGAUCGACAUCUCGUCCGGCGGAGCGCUCCACCGCAGUCUCAAGGAGAUCAAGGACGAUUCGGCUCGACAGGCGCUCCAGGCGCUCGUGACCAACUCGAUGAUGAAGGCAAAGUACUUCUGCACCGGUAUGGUCGACAUCGCCAAGUAUCACCACUACGCUCUCAACGUCCCCCUCUACACGCACUUCACCUCGCCCAUCCGUCGCUACGCCGACCUCAUGGUGCAUCGUCAGCUCGAAGCCGUGCUUGCCGAACAGGACAAGUUCCCCGUGGAUCGCGAAGCCAUGGCCAAGAUCGCGCAGCAGUGCAACGUCAAAAAGGACGCGGCCAAGCUGGCGCAGGAGCAGAGCGCACAUCUGUUCCUGUGCUUGCUGAUCCACGAUCUGACCAUGCGAUACGGUCCCGUGGUUCGACCUGCUACCGUGAUGGGUGUUCUGGACGCUGCGUUCGACGUGAUCGUUCCCGAGUUCGGCAUCGAGAAGCGCGUGCACGUCGACCAGAUGCCGAUCGAGAACCACACGUACGACGAGCAGAGCAAUGCGCUUUCGAUCUACUGGAAGGACAACGUCGAUGCGAUCGCGUGGCUCGCCGAGAACUCGGACGACGUUCACGUCAAGAAGCUGCAGGAGGUGGCGCAGCAGCACCAGAUGAUGGAGAUGACUUCGCAGUCGCACGUCGACGAAGCGGCUCUGUUUGCCGAUGACGACGACGAGGCUUCCACAGCAGCUAUUGUUCGACAGCAUAAUGUGGAGGCGGCUAGGGAGUCGAAGCAGCGCGGCAAGAGUUUGCAGAGGGAGGCGGUCAAGUUCGACGGUGUCGAUGCGAGGGACAGGGUGCAGAAGAUCAAGGAGCUCAUGAAGGUUCCGGUGAUCGUGACGAGUGAUAUGUCCAAGAGUCCGCCGGUGUUGAAGGUGUUUUCGGUGAAUCCGUUUGCAAGCAAUUAG